AUGACCGGCGGCCCAAGCAAUGCUGCAGCACCUUCAGGAUCCGAAAGAGAUGCUCAAAGUGGCCAAGUCCAGCUGCCAACUGGCGGCGUUGGCGGUGGCGAAGCUUCGAGUAAAUCGGAUCACUUUAGAUUGCAUACAACUUCAAUCUUGAGCGGUGGAGGCAAAGGAACUGCCAGUCGGCAGGAUCACGAAGGAUAUCAUGACACGAAAGGAAUUAGCAAGAUGGGCCCCGAAAUUCCAUCAAAGAGAGGCCCUGCCGAUGCUUCAGAACACUAG